AAUCAGCUGUCCGUUUUGUUUAUUUUUGAUGGUAGAAACAAAAUUCAAAACCUCGUUCACUGAUUCGAUUCUUAAAAUGUACAAAACCUUGUCGAAAAUCGCCGGCAUCGGCGGCUACAUUAUCCAGUACGGCUGCAUAACGCAUUGUACUUUCGAGUAUUUGGGUGAUUUUGUUGUGUGCGUAGGACCAUCAAUGGAACCGACGCUUCACACCAACAAUGUACUUAUUACGGAUCGAAUCAGCCCUCGGCUGAAAAAUCUACAGCGCGGUGACAUUGUCAUCACCAGAAGCCCCACGAAUCCACAGCAGCACGUGUGCAAGCGAAUCGUCGGCAUGCCAGGGGACCGUAUUAUGACCAAAGCGUCCUUCAAUCUAAAUCCACUGUCCAACACGUACACCAUUCACAGUACAAUCGUUUCGACAUCACUCACCAAACCCCCAGCGUUUGAGCAAAAACUGCGCCAAAAGUGGGAUGCCGUUUCCGGGUCGGUCGAUACCGCCACCAAGAGUGCAAAGGAGAGAUUGCCGACGGCUUCAGUUGCCGAAGAACACCAACAGCCGGAAAUUCGGAUUAGCAUCGUGACUGUACCGAGAGGUCACCUUUGGAUCGAGGGCGAUAAUGUACAUAACAGUUCGGACUCGCGAAACUACGGUCCGGUUCCGAUCGGGCUGGUUAAGAGUAGGGCCCUUUGUCGGGUUUGGCCGCUGACGGAGGUGGAGUUGUUUGUUUAGGAGAAAAAUGUUGUGUUGAAGUAUUUAUUUGUGAAAUAGUUUUAACAAAUAGAAAAAUCGUUACUGGUUUUUUGAACCAA